AUAUCCGCAAUUCAGUUUGCGAAGCGGCGUAAUGUGAAGAGGAUCUGUCGUUCCGCCUUCGACAUCGUUACGUCGCUGUUUAAUAUCUCUCUUCAUAUUUCCAGUGUCUUUCAGUCUCUUAUUAAUAUUAGUGUGACAACUGAAAAAAUUUGAAAGAUAUAAGUCCUCUUCGUGUAAGAAGAUCAAAUAUUACAAAUGGAAGACAAAAACACACGUUGAAGACACAUAUAAGACGGUGUGAUUUGACCGAAAAAAAAAAGCCGGAAGAGAUUAGGCUAAACUCUAAACGCCGACCUUGUCAAUAGUUCACCAGUCUAAUCGGCGUACACGUAGUCCUUUGGAGAACGAAGAGUGUGACGAAAGUUCUCAAGAAACGGACGAUCUGGACAUGCCUACGUUGGUGCAACCAUUGUCUUUGCCGUACGAUGAAGAUGGAACGAACACGUGGGAAGGCUUGGAACGUAACGAUACGACGACGCAGGGUUUGCAAUUGCAUACGCAGCACGAUCAAGAGAUGCAACAAUUGCAGUUGCAGCAAAGAGAACGAGGACAACUUUUACAGGUGCAGCAGCAGCAGCAGCAUCGUGAAAAGACGCAACAGCAGCAGCAGCAGCAACAACAACAACAACAACAACAGCACCAACAAAGAGAUUCACAACGUGAACGGGAACGUGAACAAUUGCAUCAGUUGCAAUCUAUCAACAAUUUAUUGUUAGAUUUACCUACGACGUCGAAUUUGUAUUCAAAUUAUUCACACGAUGCCUCCUGCUCGCAAUCCACAAAAAGUUCUAACAUCGAAAAUGAUAUGAACAUUUCGGAUUUAUUCGGUCUGAGUUUACCUCGAGGAUCAUUAAUGGGCAAUCAAACUGCAGUAGAUUCAUCGAAUUAUCGUAAUUAUCAACAACGCGGACAACAUCGUAAUAAUCAGGUGUCCUCUCAUCAACGUUAUCAGUGCGAGGACAAUCACGGACUAUAUUCUAAUUCGUCUACGGUCGAUGUUCCUGGUUCGCCAAAUUCGAUGACUACUUCUGGAAGUCCAAGUACACCUGGAAGUUUAUACUCCAAUCCAUACACCUUUCCGCAAAGUGCUAACAGCUUGUAUUCAGGAUCAUCAGCAGCAAGUCGUUCAUCGCUUCAACAUGUAGGCUCUCCUCCAUCACCUGUUCAUUCGCCAUAUGGCAGAGCUAUUCGUGGUUCUCCACCAUACAGUAGUUGCGGCAGUCCUACGUUAGAAUAUCCUCCUCAUACAGCAGGCUGCCAUGUAUCACGAUCCAAUUCACCAGCAGAUUCAGAGACGAGUGGUUCUAAUAGUAUGGAUGGUUCUUUAUCUAACAUAAUGAAUUGUCUGUCAUUAAAUACAUCGUCUCACAGAUGUUAUCCACAAUCCUUAAGAUCAUUAAUGUCACCAGAAACAGAUCUGUAUGGAAAUAAUAGGACAGCGGCAUUGCAACGUAUGGCGAUUAAAAAAUAUUUAUCGUCGUCUCAUCAAAAUUUAUCAUCCUUGUAUCAUCAUCAACAAACACACGGCCAAAAUCGAACUCACCAUUGCGGUUCACCGCCGUCUGGAACAUUUUUGAAUUCACUUUUAAAUCACGAGAAGGGUUGCUGCUCAACGGGAAAUCCUCAUAUGAUGUUAAAUUCUCCUCUUAAUAUUCCGGAUCCACAAAUAUCUUUGGAACGUGCGGCGAAGUUUCAUAGAAAUGCAGCUGCACUUUGUAACCCAACUUGUACUUGGAGUGGUAUAUUGCCUCAACGUAUUCAAAAACCAACUGGAUAUUCUUCCAAAGUAUUUCUUGGUGGUCUUCCCUGGGAUAUUACGGAAUCCCUUUUGAUAGCUACAUUCAAGCAAUUUGGUCCAAUUCGUAUUGAAUGGCCAAAAAAAGAACAAUCUACUACACAGCCUAAGGGCUACGCGUAUAUUAUUUUUGAUAAUGAAAAACAGGUACGAUCUUUAUUGGCCUGUUGUACGCACGAUGUUACUAACGGUGGAAGUUGGUAUUAUAGAAUUUCUUCAAAACGUAUGAAAGGAAAAGAAGUUCAAGUAAUUCCAUGGAUUCUUAAUGACAGUAAUUAUGUUAAAUUACCAUCACAAAAGCUUGACCCGCACAAAACAGUAUUUGUUGGUGCAUUACAUGGCAUGUUAACUGCCGAAGGUUUAGCCAAAAUUAUGGAUGAUUUAUUUCAUGGAGUUAUUUACACAGGUAUUGAUACUGAUAAGUAUAAGUAUCCGAUAGGAUCAGGUCGUGUUACAUUUAGUUCGAAAAAUUCGUACAAAAAAGCAGUAUCAGCUGCUUUUAUAGAAAUAAAAACUGCUAAAUUCACAAAAAAGGUACAAGUUGAUCCUUAUCUUGAAGAUUCUAUGUGUUCUGGAUGUUUCGUCCAACAGGGAACUUAUUUUUGCCGCGAAGAAAUAUGUUUCAGGUAUUUUUGCCGUAGAUGCUGGUUAUGGCAACAUUCUAUGGAAUCAAUGCGAUAUCAUAAGCCUUUAACGCGUAAUUCUAAAAAAAGUCAGGUGAUCGAACUAUCACCUAACAUGGGUAUUAACACUAGUUCCCGUAAUUCCAAUUUUUGUAUUUGAAGGAAUAAUGGAAGUUCAUUCCCCGUGCAGCCACGUUCAGUUCUCUUUUGACUAUUUGUUUUGAUACGGACGUUGCACUGGUUGACUUAUUGACAGGGUAUAAUGUUAGUUUUUAUUAUAAAAAGCUGUAAUUAGCUGGACGAUAUAUCGAAAAUUCCAGCUUCUCUACAAAAUUACAACGAUUAAGUUGUUAUCAUUUAAGAAUGUGGUAUUAUGACUACAUUCGAGACAAGCAUUACUUUUAUUUAGUAUGUUUACUCUUAGAGUCUGGUGCUCUUGUUAAUUAUUUUACUACGAGAAAAGUAAUCGUGUCAAUAAUUCACCAGAAUUGCACUGAGAUUAAUACGUUAAAAGGUAUUCGCCUUUUCGUUGAAUUUUCAUACAGACUGAAUGAUGGCUUUAUGGUGAUUAAUAUUGUUUUUUUUUAUACGACAAAUUAAAAGUCGUUAAAAUGUAUAGUGAUUGAUUGAUUGAUUGAUUGUGUGGAUAAGCUUAGUUAAAAGCUUAGAAUUUUUUUGCGAUUAUUCUCGUCGCCAUGAGAGAUGAUAAUAAUAACUACUUCUUGGCAGAAGAUUUACGCUUAAUUGUUAAUUAUUACUUUAACAAGACUAUACAUUUAGUCCAUUUUCUAAUUGGGCGAAUUAACAAUUGUAUUUGUUAUUUUUUUUGUAUGGUCUACUUGAUAUAAUAGUAUAUUGGUAAAUCGAUUUUCAAGAAAGUAUUAUCCCAGUACGCGCAGGCCGUUCUUCCAAUUCGAACAGUCGCCUAGUAAUAUAGUACACACCCACCAUUAGUUUUACUUUAUAUUAUAUAGUAUAGAGAAAGAAUACCGAUUCGUGCCCACUGUAGUUAAUAAUUUAUAUAUUGUUAGUUGGGAAGCGGUAAGCUUUUUAUAAGCCAUUAUCCGCUGGGACUGUUUAUAACUGUUGACGAAAUGGAGAAGUACACGGUCUACGAUUCUGGCACGCAUUAUAGUGAAUUGAUUUUGUUUUUAUUUUUUGUUACUAUAUUGCGUUAAGUAUAUUUUCUUUCGAUAAAAAAAAUGUCGCCGUAUAUUUCUUUACCUCGCGUUUAUCAUGUUUUGAUAUAUAAUUUUGUUGAAUUAAUUAAAAAGUUAUAUUUUUGCAGAUAA